UUUACAGCCAAACCGAAAGGGGCACUUAAUAAUGUUGUAUUACGUGGAAUAUAUCAUAUGUAAGAACAUUUUUCAUAGACAACUGGAAAUAACGGUCAAACCUACUAUACGACAUAUUAGAAUAAUUGUGCUGUAUGUACUCUUACAGAUUACAUAUACAGUAACGCAGGCUGUGUAGUAGUUACGAUAUCAAUCCUCUAGAGGGCGCCAAAAUCAGUUUCCACGCAGUACACCACAACAGCCAUGAAAGAAGAAGACACGUGUUUAAUUUUCUUUCCACUCCAACAUGGCGCCUUCCAGAAGGUUGAAACGCGUGGUGGCAUCGCAGCCAGGUUUUUUAAGUUUAAAGUCCUCGGAUCUUACAGGCGAGGUUAGUAGUCGAAGAAAGCGCGUUAACAAAAAUAAGAAAAAAAACUGGAACAAACACAGCGACAUUAAUGACGUAGAGGAUUUUUUAGAAGACAUCAGGCAUCAGGAGAGGACCACCGGUGGCCUGUUGGCUGACAAGUCGGAUGACAAUUUGUUCUUUCUGGAUGUUGGGCAGCAACCAAAAGAUCACAAAGCGUCGGAGCAAGUGCAGGGCAAGAAGAGGAAAGGGAAGUCACAGCGUCCUCUCAGGAUAGACCUGAUCCUCCAGCAUGACUCACUUGUUCCACCAAUUAAAGAUGUACUGUCCUACCAACAGCCCAAUGCAAAGAAACUUCGUGGUCAUGCCAAGAGGCUAGAGCAACUUGCAGCCAAAGGCGUAGUACCACGGACACAGAGAAUGCUCCUCAACAGACAGACGUUGAACACAACAGCUAAAAAGGCGGCGACAGAGGCCAACAACAACCCAAAGAGAGAUUAUUAUGACAUUUGGGGUCAAGAGUCGAAAAGUUCAGCAGAUCCAUGGUACCUUCAGCAGACUGGCAAGAAGCUGGUCAAGCGGCCAGAGGAAUUGAACAAGAAGCCAUCCGUGCUACCUGCAGUGGAGGUAAUCGCACCUGGAGGUUCCUACAAUCCAGACUUCUUCUCUCAUCAGGCUUUACUGCAAGAAGCCCACGAUGUGGAGGUUAAGAAGCGGAAGGCGGAAAGCAAAAUUGAGAGGCAGCUCGCUGUCAACAAGGAAGACAGAGCAACAGAGGAGACGAUCUUCCAAGAGCAAGUGGAAGGCUUGGUAGAGGAAGAAGAAGAAAAAGAGGUGGCUGCUGUCGAGGAGGAAGAGCAGGUGGCUCCUGUCGAGGAGGAAGAGCAGGUGGCUCCUGUCAAGGAGGAAGAGCAGGAAUGCGUGGGAGGAGCCAUCACACUGGCAGAGAAGAAGACUGAGAAACAAAGGAAAAGAGAAAAGGCGGAAAAAAUUAAGGAGCAACUGCGGGUGGCAGAGAAAAAUCAGAAAAGCAAACAACAGCAACUCUUCCAGCUUCGUUCCAUCAAAACCGCGAUCAAAAAACGAGAAAAGAAAACCGCUGCAAGACAGAAGCAACGCAAGGCCAAAAUGGAGGCCCAGAAAGCUCAGCCCAGGCGCCUUGGCAAACUCAAGUUCCAGCCUGAGGACCUUGAAAUCAAACUAAGUGAUGAGCUCACCAGUACCUUAAGACAGCUAAAGCCAGAGGGCAGCAUCCUCAAGGACCGUUUCAAGAGUCUGCAGAAGAGGAACCUGAUAGAACCCAGAGAGAGAGCCAAGUUCAAGAGGAGGUACAAGCUGAAGUAUGUGGAAAAGAGAGCUUUUAGAGCCAUCACUUAACGCCGCGGAGCCUGAGAAGAAGGGAGCGCAGUGAACACCACAAAUGCAACAUCAUGGAACCAACUCUAACCAACGUGAACCAAAGGGCAUACACAACAUAAUGACCCGCUGACCUUUUCAGAAAAUACCACCGUUUUCCACACAAAUUAAAAAUGGCAGUGUGGUUAGUGACUUUUGACCCAGUAACAAUUGUUCCAUUAUUGUUGUAAUGAUCAGAAAAUGACUUUUCAUGCCAAGCCAUGGUGUGCUACAAUUCAAGUGUGAUUUUCAACGAAGCACAACAACGAGCUCAGUCAUGUCAAGUGUAAUCGUGUAGCAAAUUUCUUCAGAUUUGAAUUCACUGUCUAGAGCAGGGUAUAAAUAAAUAUCUGAUAUUUCUACUUCA